AGCAACCUAAAAUCUGGUAUUAAUAAAUCCCAAUUACCCAUAUCAUAUCUUAAACUUUAAUCUUCUUCCUUUUUUAUUUUUUUAACCAAAAUCACAGUACAUAUCUUAAACUUUAAUCUAAAAACACUUCAGCGUUUUAAAAGUAAUUCAACCCAGCGUAAGCUGUCGGCUGUUGUUUGAUUUUCCUUCAAUUUUACCCACCUUAACCGACGACAAGAAUAACCCCCUAAACCAAACCUUUUCUUUUCUAUUAUAUAAUCUUCCACCUAACGGAAAUCCAAGAUCAGAUCACACCCCUUCCCCUAUUAAGCUCCAAUUUCUCGAUUUAAAAUCUUCUAUUCAAAUCCAUUAACCCACAGAAGCUCAGAUUGUUGAACUUAUUUUGGCCACCAGUGAAUUGGAUUGGGAAGCUCACUGCUGAUUUCAAUCACUUCUAAGAUGUGUUUAUCAGAUUUUAAUAGUGUAAGUUUAGAGUUGUAAAAGGUUCAUUAGAAUUAGUCUGGUGAAGAUAACUGGUAGAUAUAGUUCUACGUUAGACAACUGAGCUGAUUUACUUGGUUGUCGAUGGGAGAUAGAUGGCUUUGAUUGUAGAGGAGAAAGGAGAUGGUAGAGAGUGAUUUGAUUAUAGACUAGGUUGAGGAGAGUGCAAUUGACAACUUUCGGAGGGCGCCUUCCUUCUCGGGCUGGUGUGAUGAUAAUGGCAUCCUCCAUUCAGCUCAAUUAGGGAAUGUUCGUACGCUCACUGAUGAAUUUGACUUUGAACUGCCACUGGUUAAUCAAAACGGUGUAGGAAAUGGAUCUGUAGGCGAGGAUACACAAAAUUAUAAGCAGAGGAUGAAGGGUGGUGAUGAUUUGGCUGUUGCAUCUACUGGGAAUGGAAAAGAUAGAUAUGUUCCAUUUGACGUAGAGAACGGUUCUAGAAGUGAUCCAACGUAUUCAAGUGCUGGCGGGGAAGGCUCCACUUAUACAGACCCCCAUGGUCCAUCACGAGCAAUUUCAAAGAAUGUUGUUUCUGUUGCUGAUGUGCUGAAGACGUUGGUCUUAAUACUUGUAUGGUACACAUUCAGUACGUUUUUGACAUUGUACAAUAAAACUCUUCUAGGGGAUCAUCUUGGGAAAUUCCCUGCUCCUUUGCUGAUGAAUACCUUCCAUUUUGCAAUGCAAGCCAUUUUGUCCAAAUUCAUUACCUGGUUCUGCUCCCGAAAAUUUCAACCCACUGUAAUGAUGAGUUGGAAAGAUUAUUUUUUGAGAGUUGUACCCACAGCUCUCAGUACGGCAAUGGAUGUCAACCUCAGCAAUGCAUCCCUUGUUUUCAUAUCAGUCACAUUUGCUACUAUGUGUAAAUCUGCAGCACCGAUCUUUCUCCUACUGUUCGCUUUUGCUUUCAG